UCCUUUUCCCUAUAAAACCUAAAACUCAAGCUCAAAUCUAUAAAAAAUAUCCACAAAAGAGAAAAACAAAUGAAGAUCUUCUUCCUCCUUUUUCUCUUGUUUUGUUUCUUUACUUCAUUCUUCAACUCUUCUUUUGCUGCCGAUGUGACUUAUGACCGCCGCUCUCUCAUCAUCGAUGGCCAACGCAGGCUUCUCAUUUCCGCCGCCAUUCAUUACCCCCGCAGCGUUCCCGGGAUGUGGCCAGGGCUGGUUCAAACAGCCAAGGAAGGAGGGAUUGAUGUCAUUGAAUCUUAUGUGUUUUGGAAUGGACACGAGCUUUCUCCAGGAAAGUACAAUUUUGAAGGGCGAUACGAUCUAGUCAAGUUUGUAAAAAUAGUUCAACAAGCUGGGAUGUAUAUGAUUCUUCGAAUUGGCCCCUUUGUAGCGGCUGAAUGGAAUUUUGGGGGCGUACCAGUCUGGUUGCACUAUGUCAAUGGAACCGUGUUUCGAACUGAUAAUGAGCCCUUCAAGCACUACAUGCAGAAUUUCACGACAUUUAUAGUGAACCUCAUGAAGCAGGAAAAGCUUUUUGCACCUCAAGGAGGUCCAAUCAUCCUGGCCCAGGUCGAAAAUGAAUAUGGAUAUUAUGAAUCAUAUUAUGGAGAUGGGGCAAAGCGUUAUGUUUCAUGGGCUGCUAAAAUGGCUGUUUCUCAGAAUAUUGGAGUACCUUGGAUAAUGUGUCAGCAAGAUGAUGCUCCUGAUCCUGUGAUUAAUACCUGCAACUCUUUUUACUGUGAUCAAUUCACACCUAAUUCUCCAAACAAGCCAAAAAUAUGGACUGAAAAUUGGCCUGGAUGGUUUAAAACAUUUGGGGCAAGAGAUCCUCACAGGCCAGCAGAAGAUGUUGCCUUUUCUGUUGCUCGGUUUUUCCAGAAAGGAGGAAGUGUACAUAAUUACUACAUGUAUCAUGGUGGAACAAACUUUGGUCGAACAUCAGGUGGACCUUUCAUUACAACUAGUUAUGAUUAUGAAGCUCCUAUCGAUGAGUAUGGGUUACCUAGGCUUCCAAAAUGGGGACACCUAAAGGAACUGCAUAGAGCUAUAAAGUUAUCUGAGCAUGCAUUGCUAAAGAGUGAACCAGCUACUUUGCCACUAGGUCCUUCCCUAGAGGCCGAUGUAUAUGAUGAUGGUUCAGGAGUAUGUGCUGCCUUUCUUUCUAACCUGGAUGAUAAAACUGACAAGAAUGUAGUGUUCCGGAACGUGUCAUAUCACCUGCCUGCAUGGUCAGUCAGCAUUCUGCCCGACUGUAAGAAUGUUGCCUUUAACACGGCAAAGGUAGGUUCCCAGGCCUCUGUAAUUGAAAUGGUACCUGAGGAGUUGCAGCCAUCAGUCGCAUCACCAAGAAAAGGCUUGGAAGGUCUUGUAUGGGAUAUUUUUGUGGAGAAUGCUGGAAUUUGGGGAGUGUCUGACUUCACUAAAAAUGGUUUUGUGGAUCAUAUAAAUACCACUAAAGAUACUACCGACUACUUGUGGCAUACAACAAGUAUAAUUAUUGGUGAAGGUGAAGAAUUUCUGAAGAAGGCAAGCCGCCCAGUCCUUCUUAUUGAGUCAAAGGGUCAUGCUCUUCAUGCUUUUGUGAAUCAAGAACUUCAAGGUAGUGCUUCUGGAAAUGGCUCGCAUUCACCCUUUAAUUUUAAGAAUCCAAUUUCACUGAAGGCGGGAAAGAAUGAAGUUGCAUUGUUAAGUAUGACAGUGGGCCUACAGAAUGCAGGAGGAUUAUAUGAAUGGGUAGGAGCAGGACUAACAAGUGUUAAGAUCGAGGGGCUCAACAAUGGAACAAUGGAUUUAUCUAUGUCUAAGUGGACAUACAAGAUUGGAUUGCAAGGAGAACACUUGGGUAUAUACAAGCCAGACGGUUUGAAUGGUGUAAAUUGGGUGUCAACAUCUGAACCACCAAAAAAUCAGCCUUUGACAUGGUACAAGGUUGUUGUGGAUCCACCAUCAGGGGACGAACCAGUUGGUUUGGAUAUGAUUCAUAUGGGAAAAGGUCUAGCCUGGUUAAAUGGUGAAGAGAUUGGAAGGUACUGGCCAAUAGAAAGUUCUAAACACGAGAAGUGUGUAGACGAGUGUGACUAUAGGGGAAAAUUCUUCCCAGACAAAUGCCUUACUGGUUGUGGAGAACCAUCACAAAGAUGGUACCAUGUUCCUCGUUCUUGGUUCAAGCCAUCUGGGAACAUUUUGGUGAUCUUCGAGGAGAAAGGUGGAGACCCAACAAAAAUUACAUUCUCAAAACGCAAAACAGCUAGUCUCUGUUCCCAUAUUGCUGUGGUACCUAAUGUUGGAAAUGCAAAAUCAGCUGCUCAUCUCAAGUGCCCUAAAAAUACUUUGAUAUCUAGUGUGAAAUUCGCUAGCUUCGGGAAUCCUACCGGAAGGUGUGGAUCUUACACCAAAGGAGACUGCCAUGAUCCUAAUUCAACAUCGGUGGUUGUAAAGGCAUGCGUUGGUAAAAACGAGUGUGCCAUUGAACUAACAGAAGAGAACUUUGAUAAGAGCAUCUGUCCUGGUACUACAAAGAAACUUGCAAUUGAAGCAGCUUGCAGCUAAAAUUAGCACAGAACCAAUACGAUCGCGAAUAUUUUGGCUGCUCGCCGGAGAGAGGAAAACGGGAGAAGAAAAAACAUUUGGCUCCAUUUUCUUCGGGUACGAGCUGUGUUGUACUUUUCUUCAACGGGAAACGCCUAGUAUUUUUGCCCUUAAUAUUAUUUUUCUGUUGCCCGAGUACUUGUUGUCUGUUGAGGUGUCCAUGAAGAUGGAAGAGCAUAGUUAUGGCUGAGUUAGCUCUUAUUCUGUAUUCGUUUUUACUUUUAGAUAUGUCAACAAUAUUGGUUAAGCAUUUAUCACACGUGGGGCAUAGAUCCACAAAAUUAAAUUAA